UCCGUAGGUUGCCGACGUCAUGGGAUAACAACAUGGCGGCUCACUUCGAAUGAAUGCAACGACCCAAAACAGAGAUUUUUCUACAGCCAGCAGGUCGCGAGCCGCGCUGCUUUCGGCCCUCCAGUAUUCCCUUGAAACAGUUAACAGAACAAUGGUAACCGGAACCGUUGCUGUUACCGUGAGCCAUGUCGGAACCGGGGGCAGAAGCUGCUGCUGGCAGCCCUGAGUUCUUCGAGCUGUGGAGGAACAUCUCUGAAGUUGACCGCGGCAAACAACAGGCCAGCAAAGGCACACAGCAGAUGCUACCCACAGCAACUUCUCCUGGAUGUAACGGUGAGGAAGAGGAAAGUUUCAGGACAACCUCUGAGUUGACUCCUGUUCGCACAGAUCUGCGGAGUCCUCGGCUCCCAGGCAGCAGCAGCAGCAGGUUCCUUGGCUCUAACGUGACAGAGUCUCCAGGAGAUGUUGAGGCUUCACAGGACAUUUUCUGGGAUGCCACAUCCCCUACUCACACUGGUCGACGUAACAAGAACACCAGAGCUGUGAAAAUCUCUGAUAUUGCUAACCGCAUUGCUCCGAAGAAUAUAAAACCCAAAGUGACCGAAUCCUCGCUGCUCCACUGGAUGGACGAUGGCGCGAUCCCUUGCACCCCUGAUGUUCCGAAGCAACGAGCCCGGAAAAGACAGAGCAAUGUGAAGGAUCUCCUGUCUCUUGCCAACCUGUUUGAUAAAACCAUGCAGCAAGAUCAGGAGACUUCUGUCCAACAGGACACCGUCACCGGUAAACUUCGUGGCACUGCAGACGUCUCUGAAAACAACGUCAAAGAACCGAGGUGUCCAUCUUUGUCGGAACAAGCGGAGGCAGAGCUUCGGGCUCUGUUUGACUCGUCCACCCAGGGAAUCAGCGGCAGGUUGAGCGAAGGCUCGGUCUCUUCGCAAGACAGACCGGACCUAGUCGAGACUUUUGCCUUCAUUGACCAGAGACAGUCAGAACCCAAACCAGCUGAUAAGCACUCUACAAAUAACUUGGUUGACUUUGAGGAUGACUGGGACAAUGACGACCUACUCAAUGACUCCUUGAUCUUGGCACUGACGCAAGAUCCAAGCAAUCCUCCUAAGACCUUAGCAAAGUCUCACACAAACACUACAGAGUUAGCUUCUGCUCUCCAGUCAACUUCGAAUAAGAACCCGGAGAACCCGUGUAAAACAAGUUUCUGCUUGCUGCAGGAUCUAUGUCCCAAAACAAAAACUAGAAAUCGUAGCACUUUUAAGUUGGAAUCCAACCCUCACUUUCAGACCAUGCUGGAUAAGGAAGCUGCAAAGUUCGGUUCCACUGCUAUACAACCCAAAUCGAAGAGCACAGAGCAGAAACGUGCUACCACAAAGACGGACUCCAAUCCCCAAUGUGAAAAAGUCACUAAUGGGGCGAAGUUUUUUCUGCAGGCCUCUUCGGUUAAAGACGUAUCGGACAGUUUAUGGGACGACGGCGAUGAUGACGCCCUCCUCUACCAGGUAUGCGCCAGCGUGGAGAGGGUUUCCAACAGCCAGCCGGAUGAAGCGUCUCCGAAAAUCUGUGAGGGACAAAAAUCGAAAGGGCCUGUAGACGGACGCCAGAACAUGAGAGAUCGUCAUGUCAGCGCCGAAUCCUCUGGGAGUUCUGGUGUCGGUGCGAACAGACGAUCAUCGGGUUCUUUCAUUCGUUCCCACUCUCUGCCGUUGACUUCCUGUAAAACCGGAAACUACCAAGGAUGGAACAUUCCUCUGAAAGGCGGCAACAACAAAUCGGGGAUUUCGCAAAGAUUCCCGGGUAGCCAAGUCGAUCCGGGUGGAGAUUUCUCCCAUGGCAACGUGGCUAUGAAGCCUCAUCCAGCGAUGACCAGAGUCGCCCAGAACUCCAUGUCCCAGCAUGCAGCAUUCAAGAGGAAUGUGUCUGACUCAGCCAUCAUAAACAACAAAGUUUUUGUCACCAGCCAGACUGCGGGGAAGUGCUCUGCAGCGGAGAUCGAGAGGAAGAAGCAGGAGGCUUUGGCCCGGAGGCGGCUGAGAAUGCAAAACGCUUCAAAACCUUAGAGGAGCUCCAUCCUGACUGACAAAAACGUCUCGUGAUAAUCAGUUUAUUGCUGAUAAUCGGUUUAUCAUUUCAAACCAGCAGUGGCCUUACUUUCUUUCACCUAAAAAAAGUUCCCGUUAAAGGAAACUGUAGAGCUGCUCAGACAAAUUGAUUUGACAGUGACUUGAAGAACAGUUUUAUUCCUUGGCUCUAGCAUGUUUCUGGGUGGGAAGACUUUAUAUUUUACUAAGACUAGUCUGACUUGUUAUCAUUUGAGCUUGUUUCAGUUUCAUGUUGAUUUUGUUCAGAUUUGAAUAAUUGUACCUCGUAGUUACGUCUCAUUUUAUACCAUAAAUGUAUAAAAACAAAAAUGCAGUGUUAAAAUAAUGGUAUCCUUCACUUGGUUUAUGUUGUACACUUCAAAUAUUGUGAAGGUUUUCUAUUGUCUGAGUGAGUGAAACUGUUCUGGUUCAUGUUUUAUAAGUCAACAGUCAGACUUUGACGACUUUAGCAGAAUCAGAGUUUUGAACAUCACUGUAGCAGAUGUUAGCAGAAAAGCUGUAGCGAAUGUCUGAUCUAUUUUGAACCUUAAAGUAAGUUCAUGCUGAUGAGACUGAUUGUGAUAAGAACAUUUUUGAAUAAAUCUUGACGUGACACUUUUUCCCCUCUUUUUUUUUUGCACAGAUCUGAACCAAUUGCUGUGCAAAUUGUGUGUAGACAGCUGAGUCUGUGACUUUUUUUAACACUGCACUCCCUGAGUUUUUUCACAAUAAACAGCAAAAAAUGAACUGA